AUGGCCGAGACUCUUCUUCUCUUCAACAUCGCAAAAAGUGUUCUGGAGAAGUUGGGCUCUCUUGCUCUUAAAGAGUUUUUCCUGGCAUGGGGACUCGAAAGCGAUCUUGAAAAGAUUAAGGACAACUUGGAAGUCAUCAAUUCCAUGCUUUUGGAUGCCGAGAAGCAGCAGUCACAGAAUCCAUGGAUAGAGGUUCGGCUGCGGAAUCUCAAAGAAGACAUAUACGAUAUAGAAGAUGUGGUAGCUGAGUUUGAAUGUGAAGCGUUGCGAAGGAAAGUGGUCAAGUCUGUAACACCACCCGAAAGAAUGGGACGUAAACUAAAGAAGAUUCGAAAGAGGGUAGAUGAAAUCGCAACUCUUACGACUCAGUUUGGUCUUACUGGGCAGAGUUUUGAUAGGGAUAUCAUUCACGGGGAGAGGGAGAUGACCCACUCCUUUGUAGAUGCUUCUAAUGUCAUUGGGAGGGAACAAGAUACAGAUAACAUCAUUGAAACGUUGUUGCAAUCUGUUGAUGGUGAAAAUGUCUCCAUUAUUUCAAUUGUUGGAAUCGGAGGCAUUGGGAAGACUACCCUUGCUAAAUUGGUUUAUAAUGAUCAAAGGGUGAUUAGUCAUUUCGGGGUGAAUCUAUGGGUGUGUGUUUCACAAGUCUUUCAAUUAGAUAAGGUGUUAAUUAAAAUUCUGAACUCUGCAUCUCAUGAUCAAAGAUAUAUGGAUUUGGAUAUGGACCAGCUGCAGAACGAAUUGCGAGAGGCUUUGGGAGGAAGGAAAUAUUUACUCAUCCUAGAUGAUGUGUGGUGUGAGGACCCUAAAAAAUGGAAUGAUCUGAAAACUUUGUUAACGGGAGGUGCUAAUGGAAGUAAAAUUGUAGUCACCACUCGUAGCAACCGUGUUGCUGAAAUUAUGGGCACAGUCUCUGCAUACCGUUUGAGUCUUCUUCCUGACCAGGAUUGUUUGUCUUUGUUUUUUAAAUGCGCAUUUAAAGGACAACAAGAAAAACAAAAUCCAAAGUUGACAAGAAUUGGCGAAGAAAUUGUGAGAAAAUGUAAAGGAGUUCCUUUGGCAGUGAUAACUUUGGGAUCUCAGCUUUGUUGUGAAACUGAUGAACGCAGAUGGGAAUACAUAAAAGAUAAUGAGAUAUGGAAAUUAGAGCAAGAGGGAAAUGACAUUUUGCCUGCUUUAAGAUUGAGUUACGAACACUUGCCAUCUUACUUGAAAAGAUGCUUUGCAUAUUGUUCAAUUUUUCCCAAAGAUUAUGAAUUCGACGACAUUGAAUUGGUUUAUUUUUGGAUGGCAAAUGGAUUUCUUCAAUCUUCCAAUGAGAAUGAAGAGUUAGAAGAUGUUGGCUUGCGAUAUUUUAAAGAGCUAUGUUCUAGGUGUUUCUUCCAAGAUUUGUUCGAAUAUCCUGGUCGUGUUAAUUGUAAAAUGCAUGAUCUAAUACAUGAUUUGGCAUUAUCGAUCUCACAAAAUGCAUGCUCAAUGGUAAUGACCAGCACUCAACAGAUUCGCAAAAGUGUUCGACAUAUAUCUUUUCCUUACCCAAAAUCACUUGUUGAUCAGGAUCUUCCAACAUCCUUACAAAGCCAGCAAAAUGUGCGAACCAUUUCCUUUUUAAAUAAAGGGAAAGAGGGGAUUAGUAGUAAACGGUUCAUUAAGACAUGCUGCCUAAGAUUUCCAUAUUUGAGGGUCCUGGAUUUAGCUUUUUCAAAAUUCGAGGUAUUGCCAAGGAGGAUAGGCGAUUUGAAGCAGUUGAAAUAUCUAAGUUUAGGUGGUAAUCGUUUAAUUAGAAGACUCCCUAAUUCCAUAUGUAAGCUACAAAGCUUGCAAGUUCUACUACUAGUUGGAUGUUGGAGUCUUGAAGAGUUGCCAAAAGAUAUAAAGUAUAUGAUUAACCUUAAAUGGCUUUGGAUAACUACGAAGCAAAAGAAUUUACCAAUGGGUGGAAUAGGGUGCUUGAAGUCCCUUCAAUUUUUGUACAUUAGCCUGUGUAACAGUAUAGAAUGUUUGUUCGAAGACAUGCAAGGCUUGAAAAAGCUUCGAAGAUUGGUCAUCUCUAGUUGCAGAAGGGAAUCUAGGCUCAACAGCUUUCAUCCACACCCUGUGAGAACUCGCCGACAUGCCAAUUCGACCUCACCACCUCCUGCGUGCCUAAAAUGGAAUGUUAAUGGUUCUGCAUUGGGAAAGCCAGGGGUGGGUGCAAUUAGAGGGGUGCUCAGAGAUCACUCUAGAUAA